GCUCCUUUUCUCCUGAUUCUGGAGAGAGAGAGCGAGCUACUGAUACAUACAAAUCUCAGAAUCUAUUUUCCUGUUAUUGUUGAGAAGGCGAUUUUCAUUACCAACGUAGAAAAUGUUCAGAAACCAGUACGACACCGACGUCACGACCUGGUCGCCGGCGGGGCGGCUUUUCCAAGUGGAGUACGCAAUGGAGGCGGUGAAGCAGGGCUCGGCAGCAAUUGGUCUGAGAUCGAAGACCCACGUGGUGCUCGCGUCCGUCAACAAGGCCAGCUCGGAGCUUUCCUCGCACCAGAAGAAGAUCUUCAAGGUGGACGACCACAUCGGUGUCGCCAUCGCCGGGCUUACGGCGGACGGCCGUGUGCUUUCCAGAUACAUGCGCAACGAGUGCAUCAGUUAUUCUUAUACCUACGAGUCGCCGCUCCCCGUCGGCCGCCUUGUUGUUCAGCUGGCCGACAAGGCUCAGGUCUGCACACAACGAUCAUGGAAACGGCCUUACGGGGUAGGUCUCCUGGUAGGUGGGCUGGACGAGUCCGGGGCCCACUUAUACUACAACUGCCCUAGUGGAAAUUACUUUGAGUACCAGGCUUUUGCCAUUGGGUCGAGGUCCCAGGCUGCCAAGACUUAUCUCGAGCGAAAAUUCGAGACCUUCACAAGCUCUUCUCGAGAUGACUUGAUCAAGGAUGCUCUUUUCGCGCUUCGCGAGACUUUACAAGGCGAGAAGCUGAGUAGCUCAGUGUGCACGAUUGCUGUGUUAGGUACAGGCGAGGCCUUUCACGUGCUGGAUCACGAGACUGUGCAGGGAUUGAUCGAUGAGUUUGAGGUGGCAGGGGAGGAUUUGCCUGCGGACGAGACCACCGAUGGCAAUGGUGGAGAUGCGGCUGCUGCAGCUGCUGCACCUAUGGAUAUCUGAUGAGUUUUCUUUCUUUUGGUUCUUUUUGAAUUGAAGUGUUUGUUUGUUUUUUUUAAAGAUGUUUUAGAUGGAAGUGGACAGGUUUUUAUCUGUUUGAGGGGGAAAGGGGAACUUGCUAUAUUUGCCAAGUGGAUUUUAUAUGUUCGUGUUUUCGGAUGAUAUUAUUGAUUGUGAUGAUGAUGAUCUGUGGGGUGUUUUAAUGAUGUUACUGAUGUUGGUUGAAUUGGUUUUGGCAUUUGGUUUUCUUUGGAAUUAUUGAUUAGCUUUUUGGGUUUUAUGUGAG